AUGGGCGCCGCCAUGUUGCUGUACGGAAAAUAUUUCCACAGUGCCCCAGAGCACUCAGCCUAUUCCUUGGUGGCACAGGACCUUGGGUCUUUAGAGCUAACUUUGAUGGUCAAUCCAGACCUGAUAGAGGAAGCUUCAGAGUGCCCGCAAGGCGUAGAGGCGCCAUCAGCACGUAGAGUUCCAGCAAAGAAGAGCGGCGCCUACGAAUUGCGUUGCGCGUUACAUAAUGCCAAAGAGAAACCAGCCUCUGGAAAGUUCAGUAUAAAUAAACCUGCAUCUGAAAGAAAAGUCUCUAUAUUUGGUAAAAGAACUAGUGGACAUGUAUCCCGGAAUAGUCAAAUUGACAUAUUUUCCAGUUCUGAAAACAUCACGGACCCAAGACCACUUAAUGACAAAGCAUUCAUUCAGCAGUGUAUUCGACAACUCUGUGAGUUUCUUACAGAAAAUGGUUAUGCAUAUAGUGUAUGCAUGAAAUCUCUACAAGCUCCAUCUAUUAAAGACUUCCUGAAGAUCUUCACUUUUCUUUAUCGCUUCCUGUGCCCUUCAUAUGAACUUCCUGACAUAAAGUUUGAAGAAGAGGUUCCAAAAAUCUUUAAAAACCUUGGGUAUCCUUUUGCACUAUCCAAAAGUUCCAUGUAUACAGUGGGAGCCCCUCAUACUUGGCCUCACAUUGUAGCAGCCUUGGUUUGGCUAAUAGACUGCAUCAGGGUAUUUGGUUUCACCUUUGAUUUAUAUAAUGUAGAUGCUUCCAAGCUGGAAUCAUUAGCAGCAAAAAACAAAGCAUUGAAUGAACAAAUUGCAAUAUUGGAACAAGAGAGAGAAAAAGAGCUGAACAGUAUAGAGUCAUUAAGGAAGUUGAAAACUUCCUUACAAGCAGAUGUUCAGAAAUAUCAGGCAUACAUGAGUAAUUUGGAGUUUCAUUCAGCCAUUCUGGACCAGAAAUUAAAUGAUCUCGAUGAAGAAAUUGCUAGAGUAGAACUAGAAUGUGAAACAAUAAAACAGGAGAAUGCAUGUCUACUGAAUGUUGUUGAUAACCAGAAGUAUUCAGUUGCAGACAUAGAGAGAAUAAAUCAUGAAAAUGAAUUGCAGCAGACCAUUAAUAAAUUAACCAAGGAGCUGGAAGCUGAACAACAGCAGUUAUGGAAUGAAGAGUUAAAGUAUGCCAGAGGCAAAGAGGCAAUUGAAACACAAUUAGCAGAAUAUCACAAACUGGCUAGAAAAUUAAAACUUAUUCCUAAAAGUGCUGAGAAUUCCAAAGGUUAUGACUUUGAAAUUAAGUUUAAUCCUGAAGCAGGCGCCAACUGCCUCAUCAAAUACAGGGCUCAAGUUUAUGUACCCCUCAAGGAACUCCUGAAUGAAAAUGAAGAAGGAAUUAAUAAAGCUCUGAAUAAAAAAAAAAUGGGUUUGGAGGAUACUUUAGAAUAAUUGAAUACAAUGAUAACAGAAAGCAAGAGAAGUGUGAGAACACUGAAAGAGGAAGUUCAAAAGCUGGAUGAUCUUUACCAACAAAAAGUUAAGGAAGCUGAGGAAGAGGAUGAAAAAUGUGCCAAAGAGCUUGAGUCCUUGGAGAAACACAAGCACCUGCUGGAAAGUGCUGUUAAUGAGGGCCUAAGUGAAGCUAUGAAUGAGUUAGAUGCUGUUCAGCGGGAGUACCAACUAGUUGUGCAGACUAAAAAUGAAGAAAGAUGAAAAGUCAGAAAUAACUUGCAGCAUCUUUUAGAAAUGAUUCCUACACAUGUAGGGUCUGUGGAGAAACAUCUUGAGGAGGAGAUUACUAAAGUUGAUAGAGAAUAUGAAGAAUGCAUGUCUGAAUAUCUCCUGGAAAAUAUUAGAGAGAUUACAGAAAAAUAUAAGAAGAAUGCUGCUCUACUUAAGACUUCUGGUGAAUGAAGAUCAAGUGCUGAUUAUCCUUUAUAAAAAUAGUUCAUUAACAAAA